AAGGUAGCAUUCAAGAUGGAUAUCAAGAAAAAGACCUUCUUGGAUAACUUUAAUCUGAAAGCUACGUUUGCCAACCUGAAGAAGCCGGGGAAGAAGAACUUGAGGCGGGGAAGGAAGCUGGCCCAUCGGCGCAGUAUUUCUGUCCCAGACCUAAGGGCUCCUGACAGCCACCUGGUGUCUCCUCGCUAUGAUUCCAGGUCCUAUGGUAUCGCCGCUGGUCUGAGUGAUACUGAUUCUAUUGCAAGUGGCUCGAUUGCCGAUGGAUCACUUUACGCAGACAAACUGAAUGAUUCAGUCUCCGAAAGUAGACUCAGAGUCCCCGUUGGUCGCAUAGAAGCUGCUUUGAAUAGAAUGAGUGCACCGGUGGGAUUAAACGUUUAUGAGGAAACUGAUGGUAUGAUUAAUGUGGGCUCACAGAAUACCGGGAACCUUAUUCCAGAAGGCCUGUAUGCACAAGUAGAUAAAAGACCCAAGGUGAAUCCACCUAGAUUUAAUUUGGACCCUAUUCCUACACCGAGGUCUUUUUUUCCCAACCGACUUUCACCAAGUCCAAACCUUGGGAAGAGAUGGAGUCUCUCUGGUGAAGACAACCCUGCAGUGCAAUCGGGUGCUGUUGAUGCACUAUUGCCCAGGGCGAGCUCAAUGGGAGACCAAGUAAACCCAUACAAAGAACAGAGUGCCACAUCGUCUGAGUAUAGAAAGCCACCUUCUGAAAAGGGAACUCAUCCAGCAAUCAGAGCAAACGCUCCCGCAGCUGCGUCUCUGAUAUUAGAUAACCUGUGCACUCCUGUGGAGAGUGCUGAUGGCAACUCGUUGGACUCUGCCUGUGGCAGUACCACUGAGGAGCAAGUCAACAUGCCCUGGACGACAGACUCGGAGGAACUGGACCGAGAACUCUGCGUUCCUUUUUUUAUGAGAGACUUUACUGUCGAAGAGGCUCUGCUAGAACAAGCCCAAUCUGAAGAGACCCUGGAAGAACCAACAGAGAUGUCCAGUGAACCGUGGGAUUUCUUUGAUGAAAAUCAAGAUCUUCUGGAAAACCCUUGUGGUUUGUCUCCAAUGCAGGUUUUGUCAGCAGGGCCUGACGUCCAAACGCCUGACCCGUGUCAGAGAUACCUCCUGAACAUCAACCUUAAGAAUGGAAGGAACCUGGUCAUCCGAGACAAGCGCUCCGGGAGCAGUGAUGCUUAUGUGAAGCUCAAACUUGAAGGAAAACAUUUCUAUAAGAGCAAAGUGGUUUAUAAAUCCCUGAGUCCACGGUGGAACGAGUCCUUCUCCCAUCCUCUCCGAGACAAAGAGCAUGCCGUGGACGUUCGGGUCUACAAUAAAAAACGGACCGCUGACGAGUUCAUGGGUUCCAGCACUAUAAUUCUGACCAAUCUUGAAUUGUACAAAACCUAUGAAAUGGAGUUGCAGCUUGAUGAUCCAAAGAGUAAAGAGGAUGACAUGGGAGUCAUACUUGUUGACGUCUGCUUAAUGUUUCGAGACGCCACCAUCAAGAGAAGCCCUAAAUGGCCACCAAGGAAGAAUAAGCAGAUCCAGGCCACACCAUCCCCGCGGUCAGUGGAGGUGCAGAGAACUCCGCUGAAGAACCAGAUGUGGACUGGGGUGGUUGCUAUCACCUUGGUGGAGGGACAGGACCUGCCGCAGUAUGGCCAAGGGGACAUUUACGUCCGCUUUCGUCUCGGUGAUCAGAAGUACAAGAGCAAGAACAUUUGCGUUCAGGCCAAUCCACAGUGGAAAGAGCAGUUUGAUUUCAAUCAGUUUGAAGAUAACCAGGAACCUCUGCAUGUGGAGAUGUUCUCCAAGAGAGGGAGGAAGGGUGAGGAGUCAUGGGGGAUGUUUGAGAUUGACCUAUUGAGACUUCAACUUAAUGAGAGGCAGCUCUACACUCAUGUGCUGGACCCAGCAAAGGGCAGGCUGGUGUUACUGGUCACCCUUAGACCCUGCUGGGGAGUCUCCAUCUCUGACAUUGAAACCGCUUUCUUGGAGAAGGCUGAUGAGAGAGACGCCGUAUUGGAGAGAUUUAGCUUAAAGAACUCACACAAGUGUGUGGGAGAGGUUGGCUUCCUUCAAGUCAAAGUUGUAAAGGCAAAUGAUAUUCAUGCCACAGACCUCAAUGGAAAAAGCAAUGCUUUUUGUGUCGUUGAGCUCUGUAACAGCAAACUUCAAACUCACACAAUCUACAAGACCCCCAACCCGGAUUGGAACAAAGCCUUUACAUUCCCAAUAAAAGACAUUCAUGAUGUGAUAGAGUUCACUGUCCUUGAUGAAAAUGGAGACAAAGCCCCAAACUUUUUAGGAAAAGUGGCCAUUCCCUUACUGACUGUUCAGAAUGGGCAGGAGAUAUGCCUGUUCCUAAAGAAAGAAGACUUGGUCAAUGGAUCCAAAGGAACCCUCACACUGGUGCUGGAAGUGAUCUACAACAAAGUCAGAGCUGGUAUCAAAUCCUUCCAACCAAAGGAGACGCAAUUAAUGGAGGAAAACCAGAAGUUCUCCAAAAAGGUUCUUGCCCGGAAUAUAUGUCGGGUUCGAAAAAUCAGCACAGCAGUUCUGUACACGUUACAGUACAUUAAAAGCUGUUUUCAGUGGGAGAGCACGCAACGGAGUCUAAUAGCCUUUCUGAUCUUCCUUGUGACCGUGUGGCAGUGGGAGCUCUUCAUGCUGCCCCUCUUCCUGCUUCUGCUCAUUGGCUGGCACUACUUACAGCUCACUGCGUGGAAAGCCAGCUCCAACCAGGACCCGGUGAACACGAGCAUGGGUGAAGACGAAGAGGAAGACGAAAAGGAAUCCGGAAAAAAGGGUUUGAUGGAUAAGAUACAUAUGGUGCAGGAAGUAGUGCUGGUUGUCCAGAACCUUUUGGAUGAAAUCGCGAACAUCGGAGAGCGAAUCAAGAACAUAAUCAACUGGUCUACCCCCUUCUUGUCGUGCCUGGUCUGCUUGGUGCUGUUUGUGACAACAUCUCUGUUGUAUUUCAUCCCACUGCGAUACAUUGUGCUGAUAUGGGGCGUUAACAAAUUUACCAAGAAGCUGCGCAACCCAUAUACUGUUGACCAUAAUGAAAUACUGGAUUUCCUCAAGAGGGUGCCUUCUGAUGUUCAAAAGGUGCAGUACAGCGCGCUGAGGGCGCCCAGCAGCCAGAGCCAGCCGCGGAAGAAAAGGUAAGCGCGGCGGGAUGAGAGGCUGCUCUGCUGGUGAAUACGCUACGACGCGGUCCACCUGAGAACAAUGCUCCGGUGCCAGCAGAGCCCAUGACCCAUGAGCACCCCCCCCCACACCAUCCUCACUCUGCCCCCUGCCUCUGAGGGGCAGCCGGCCUGCUCUCUGGCUUGUGUGUUGGCCGCCCCCCUGACAGAAGCUGUGAACUGCAGCAGCUAGAAGGGCAGCACAUGGCGCUGUCAAUCACCAGCCCGGAGGUAAAGAAAAGAGAGCCAAAUAAUUUAGAAAAGGAAUACAAAUCGCCGGGUUUGGUUUACCUUAGACCUCCACUGUUUUGCUUCUUUAAAACUAUUUUUUUUAAAUUCUGAACUUUUAAACCUGAGAAAUUUGCUUACACAGUUAAUUUAAUAUAACCAUAACUGUUUAUGGAAAAUAAACCAUGGAAAUGUUCUUUUAUUACCUGUGAUAAUGCAAUACAAAAUCAAAAGUUCAUAUAUCGCAAUUGAUUUUAAAGUUAUACUCACAAUAUGUUUCUCGCACACUUAACAUAUUAGGACAGAGUACUGAAUGCUAUUCUUUUUGUGGUAUGGUUUUAAUGUAUAUAAUAUAAUUCUUUCUGCUUUCUUAUUUUUUUAAUGUUCGCAGCAAAUAUGUAUUUAUGUACUGCAUGUGUUUUUAUUGCAAGCUGACUUUUUAUGUAACUAAUAUGUUAGACUGAUUAAUUAGAGUUUUAUUUUCACUCCGUAUCUUGUUUUCUUCAUCAAAUGGAGAAUUCUCAGCAAUCCUAAGUAAACAAUCUUGAUCAGUUUGA